CCAGAGGGACCGGCUGUGCCAGAGGCAAGCAAACAAGUGUUGGGGCGCAAGACUGGGUGGGGAGGGUGAACCAAAGCAACCCGGCCGGAGCUUCGGUGAGAGAGAGCUCAGGAGCAUCCCAGAGACUGCUGGGUCCUUCCUCGGUCCUACCUUUCCCCAGCCCCCUCGCACCCACCCAGCAGCCCACCCCGUUCGGGUGGCUCACCUCCUCCAGGCCAGCGUUGCUGGGCACCCGCCCUUCCCUCCCAUCAUGGCAGUGUACCGCCUGUGUGUGACCACUGGUUCCUACCUGAAGGCCGGCACAAUGGACAACAUCUCUGCCACGCUGGUGGGCACGUGUGGCGAGAGUCCCAAGCAGCGGCUGGAUCGGGUGGGCAGAGACUUCGCCCCCGGAUCGGUGCAGAAGUACAAGGUGCGCUGCUCAGCAGAGCUGGGUGAGCUCUUGCUGCUGCGGCUACACAAGGAGCGCUUCGCUUUCUUCCGAAAAGAUUCCUGGUACUGCAGCCACAUCACUGUCACUGCCCCAGAUGGCACUGUCAUCCCCUUUCCCUGUUACCAGUGGAUUGAGGGUUACUGCACCAUGGAGCUGCGUCCAGGAACAGCAAGAACCAUUUGUCAGGACUCCCUCCCUCUGCUUCUGGAUCACAGAAAGCGUGAGCUCCAGGCCCGACAAGAAUGCUAUCGCUGGAAGAUCUACACCCCUGGCUUCCCUCGAAUGGUGGAUGUCAGCAGCUUUGAGGAGAUAGAGUCAGAUAAGAAAUUUGCCUUGACCAAGACAAUACCUUGUGCAGACCAGGGUGACAGCCCUGGGAAUCGGUACCUGCCUGGAUUCCCCAUGAAAAUUGACAUCCCAUCCCUGCUGCACAUGGAGCCCAACAUCCGCUACUCAGCCACCAAGACGGCCUCGUUGCUCUUCAAUGCCAUCCCUGCGUCCUUGGGCAUGAAGAUUCGAGGGCUGCUGGACCGCAAGGGCUCCUGGAAGAAGCUGGAUGACAUGCGGAAUAUCUUCUGGUGCCACAAGACCUUCACUACAGAGUAUGUCACAGAACACUGGUGUGAGGACAACUUCUUUGGGUACCAGUACCUGAAUGGCGUCAACCCUGUCAUGCUCCAUUGCCUCUCCAGCUUGCCCAGCAAGCUGCCCGUCACCAAUGACAUGGUGGCCCCCUUGCUGGGACCAGACACCUGUCUGCAGACAGAGCUAGAGAGGGGCAACAUCUUCCUGGCCGACUACUGGAUCCUGGAGGACGCCCCAGUCCACUGUUUAAACGGCCGUCAGCAAUAUGUGGCUGCCCCACUCUGCCUGCUGUGGCUCAACCCCCAGGGGGCGCUGCUGCCCUUGGCCAUCCAGCUCAGCCAAACCCCCGGGCCCGAUAGCCCCAUCUUUCUGCCCACUGACUCCGAGUGGGACUGGCUGCUGGCCAAGACAUGGGUGCGUAACUCUGAGUUCUUGGUGCACGAGAACAACACGCACUUUUUGUGCACGCAUUUGCUGUGCGAGGCCUUCUCCAUGGCCACGCUGCGUCAGCUGCCGCUCUGCCAUCCUAUCUUCAAGCUCCUGCUUCCCCACACUCGCUACACGCUGCAGGUGAACACCAUUGCCAGGGCCACGCUGCUCAAUCCAGAGGGCCUCGUGGACCAGGUCACGUCCAUCGGGAGGCGUGGCCUCAUCUACCUCAUGAGGACAGGUCUGGCCCACUUCACCUACACCAAUUUCUGCCUUCCGGAUAGCCUGCGAGCCCGUGGCGUCCUCACAGUCCCUAACUAUUACUACCGAGAUGACGGCCUGAAGAUCUGGGCAGCCAUUGAGAGCUUUGUCUCAGAAAUCGUGGGCUACUAUUACCCCAGUGAUGAUUCGGUGCAGCAGGACUUGGAGCUGCAAGCUUGGGUCGGCGAGAUUUUUACUCAGGCGUUCUUGGGCCGGGAGAGCUCAGGAUUCCCAAGCCGGCUGUGCACCUCGGGACAGCUGGUGAAGUACCUUACUGCAAUCAUCUUCAACUGCUCCGCCCAGCACGCCGCUGUUAACAGUGGGCAGCAUGACUUUGGGGCCUGGAUGCCCAAUGCCCCAUCAUCCAUGAGGCAGCCCCCACCUCAGUGCAAGGGGACCACGACCCUGAAGAGUUACUUGGAAACCCUCCCAGAAGUGAACGUCACCUGUAACAACCUUCUCCUCUUCUGGUUGGUCAGCCAAGAGCCCAAGGACCAGAGGCCUCUGGGCACCUACCCGGAUCAGCACUUUACAGAGGAAGUGCCACAGCGGAGCAUCGCCGCCUUCCAGAACCACUUGGCCCAGAUCUCGAGAGACAUCAGGAAGCGGAACCAGAGCCUGGAGCUGCCUUAUGCCUACCUGGACCCUCCCCUCAUUGAGAACAGCGUUUCCAUCUAACCUCCGCUUCAGACCAAAGGGCCAAGCACGAGGAAGGCCAGACUCUCAGGGUUUCCCAGACACUUCCCUCCUCCCUAUUCUCAGCCUAAGUCUCCCUUUCCACAUGUAGGGACUUUUCCAACCAAGAUGGCUCUAGCUGUUCCCUGAGCUGUGAGGGACCAGUUGAACAGUGCCCAAGGUAAAAGCCACUGACUAAAGUAGAAUCCGUAAUAGACCACUGGAAAAAGAAAAGAACCUCUACCCACCUCACCCCACUUUAGGCAACCUCCUGUUCCAGCCUCUUGUGAGAAUCUACCUCCUCCGGUUGGGAUGUGCAGCCUGAGGCUCCAGCCUUUCCUUCCCAGCCCUCCCACUCCCACACUUCCACUUACCAUGUCAUUUUAAGUCUCCCUCCUCUAAGCCUAGGACCAUCCGACCCAACUUCCUUCUGCGGAAGAGCCUGGACACUGGGCACAGAGGGAUGCAUGCCCGGAUCUGUCAGGUCUCCUUUGGCCCUAGCACCUAAAGGCAGAGGAAGGAUUGGAGCCCAGCUCUCCUGGACAUCUAGCUAAGGUUCUUGGGGACAAGCUCCUUGGCCUGGGCAUGGAUGUGGGCUCUCUCUCCAGCUCUCAUCCUACCCUAUUCUCACCUCAUUUUUUUUUUUCUUUUUGCCUUCAAACACAGUGACUUCAGUAAAAGCUUACAAAAGCUGGCUUCUA